AUUCUCGCCCCUAUGUGUUGUUCUCUCCAUCUUAAUUUUAACUGGUUCUCUCUCUUACUCUCUCUAACAUAAAAGAAAAAGAUAUGGAAAGUUUAACUCUCACCGGAUUGUUAAAGAAGGUCGCCGGAGAAUUUCCCUCCCGGCGAGCGAUCUCAGUUUCCGGAAAGUUCGAUCUGACAUACGAUCGCCUUCAUCAACUCAUCGAACAUGCUGCUUCUCGCCUCCUCUCCGCCGGCGUUAUGCCUGGUGAUGUCGUCGCUCUCACUUUCCCCAACACCGUCGAGUUCAUAAUCAUGUUUUUGGCUGUAAUUCGGGUUCGUGCCACGGCUGCGCCACUGAACUCGGCUUACACCUCGGACGAGUUCGAGUUCUACCUUUCCGACUCGGAGUCCAAACUCCUCAUAACAUCAAAAGAAGGAAACGAGCGGGCUCAAGCCGCGGCGUCAAAGCUCAAAAUCACACACGUCACAGCCGCACUACCUCAAGCCGACUCGGAAGUCUCUCUCUCAUCAUCGACUCAUUCCGAGUUAAACCUUGACUCGGUCUCCAAAAUCAUCAACCAACCCUCAGACACCGCACUCUUCCUUCACACAUCCGGCACCACGAGUCGACCCAAAGGCGUGCCAUUGACUCAGAUCAACUUAGCUUCCUCCGUGCAAAACAUCAAAUCGGUAUACAAACUCACUGAGUCAGACUCAACCGUCAUCGUCCUCCCCCUUCACGUCAUGGUUAAAUCGCUGGGUUUACAUGAGUUCACUCGUGCCGGAGCCGCAGUCACUCUCCCAGCCGCCGGAAGGUUCUCGGCUUCAACAUUCUGGUCAGACAUGAACAACUACAAAGCCACGUGGUACACUGCUGUUCCCACUAUCCACCAGAUCGUUCUAGAUCGCCACUUCAGCAAACCCGAACCAGCGUACCCGAAGCUUCGGUUUAUUCGAAGCUGCAGCGCGUCGCUUGCGCCAGCCAUAUUGAGCCGGCUUGAGGAGGCUUUUGGGGCGCCGGUAUUGGAGGCUUAUGCUAUGACGGAGGCGACCCAUCUUAUGUCAUCAAACCCGUUACCCGAAGAUGGUCCGCACAAAGCCGGGUCGGUUGGGAAACCCGUGGGUCAGGAAAUGGCUAUAUUAGAUGAAAAUGGUGUACAACAAGAGGCUGGGAAAAGUGGGGAGGUGUGUAUUAGGGGACCAAAUGUGACUAAAGGGUACAAGAACAACCCCGAGGCCAAUAAAUCGGCUUUUCGGUUCGGGUGGUUUCACACCGGUGAUCUCGGGUUUUUGGACUCGGACGGAUAUUUGCAUCUUGUUGGGCGGAUUAAGGAGCUUAUCAACCGUGGAGGAGAGAAGAUCUCACCAAUUGAAGUGGAUGCGGUCCUUCUAUCUCAUCCAGACAUUGCUCAAGCGGUUGCAUUUGGAGUUCCUGAUGACAAAUAUGGCGAAGAGAUAAAUUGUGCUGUCAUACCUAGAGAAGGAUCAAACAUUGAUGAGGCAGAGGUGUCGAGGUUCUGCAAGACGAAUCUCGCCGCUUUUAAGGUCCCUAAGAUGGUGUUCAUCACCGAUUCUCUCCCAAAGACCGCUACUGGGAAAAUCCAACGCCGCUUUGUUGCAGAGCACUUCCUUGCUCAAAUCUCUACUGCUAAGGUCCCCAAGUUUGGAGCCUAAACCAACACUCUGCUUGUCUGCAAUUAUAAAUCGUGUCGUAUUAGUGAUCUACCAUUGAACCCAAAAGAAAAGAAAAGAAAAAAGAACGCGGCUUGGAAGAAAUUCAAAGUCUCCGAAGAGGGAUAGAGGAGAUUUCAACAUUUUCAGAAGUCCAGAAGGUUCAGUGUCAUUGAAUCCAAAAAAAUAAAAUAAAAAUAAAAACAUUUUGUUACACACAAACAAAUUGUUUGGUUAUAAAGUUGAAAGGAUGGUAGAGUGAAUGUUCUUUUAUUUUUAGGUGCAAUGUACGUCAUAUGUACUAUCCAAAAUCAUCACAAGUUCAAUUUUAUUUUUGCCUCACUAGUUUGAUUGUUUGUUUAA